AGGCGAGCAGAAAACGUGUGCUAGCGGAACAUGACAAGCUAAUUAGCAACUAAAAAAAACAAAAACAAGUGGCGAAGAAACACCAAAGAAAAUGUGAAAAAAAAUGUUUAAUAAAAAUAAAAAGAAGUAAAGAAAGUAUUUUGCAGAAACGCCUAACUCAAUGUGUGUGAAUUUGUCUCAGAGACGCAAACAAAGUGUUGCCACAAAGUGAACGCUGACAGUUGCUUGGCAGCAAGUUCCAAAAACCGUUACUUUCGUUUACUUUUCAAAAAGUGACAAAUUUUUUCUAAAAAUCUGCAAAUAGCAAAUAAAAUAUUACGCUUACAAAAACAACAAAGUGCAGUUCGGCAGUGUGUGUAGACAGUGUUUGUGCAUUUACCGUUAACGGCAACAUUACGCGCUCCAGCCACAGCCUUGCAAAGAUUUCCAACGAAUCCAACGGCAUUAAAAAUAAAAACCUCUAAGAAUUGUGACAUACGCACACAAUUCUUCGUACGCUUAGCACAAUUUAAUUAACACAUCGCAUUGCCAACGUUUAGCCGUUGCAUUUUGUUUUUCCUUUAACGGUAUUUCCUGUAGUCCAAAGCCGGCGUUCAGCGCAUAAAAAUUAUCCAAAAUUCCGAAGAAUCCGAGAAAAACACCAAAACAGUCGACACGUACAGCGUCGUCAACCGGUACCGGUGGCAGCAGUGGUGGUGGCACCACUAAAAUGGCAUCGAAACGCAAAGCAUCGGUGCUGCUGCAUAAGGAGACCAUCCCAGCUGCAGCGACCACAACCACCACGGACGCGACCGGUAAUGGUGGUGGCAGUGUCACGGGCGGUGUUGUGGGUAUUGGCGCCGCAGCGGGUUCGGUGGCUGGGAGCGUUGGCGGUGACAACAACACCGAAACGGAUCCCUAUGCCGGCCUAAUGAAGGAUGCCGACAAAUUGAAACUGAUGCUGUUGGCUUGGAAUUAUCAGAAUUCAAAUGCGGUACGCAAUGGCACUGAGGGACCCGAUUUGGGUGUGGUUGGCGGUUUGUGGGCACAAUACCAGAAUGCUUUGGCACAAAAUGCGGCAAAUAACAAAAUGGACAUAUCCUUGUCGCCGGUGCCGCGCACAGAUGUCACAUCACCCAUGGAGGCGCAGGAUGAGACGAACUCGUCGGGGCAGAAGGAGGAAGAUGAAGGCUCUGAGGAUGAUUCGGAUGAUAAACUAGAUGAAAAGUUGGCCACACAUGACCCUGAACGGCUGAAGGCGUUCAAUAUGUUCGUGCGCUUGUUUGUGGAUGAAAAUCUUGAUCGCAUUGUGCCAAUUUCCAAGCAGCCAAAAGAGAAAAUACAAGCAAUCAUCGAUUCGUGUGCACGUCAAUUUCCCGAAUUUAGCGAUCGCUCACGCAAACGUAUACGAACGUAUCUGAAGUCGUGCCGACGGAACAAGAAAACACGCGAAGGCUGGGAUAACACCACCCGUCCAACACCAGCACACUUGACGUCCGUGCAGGCGGAGCAGAUACUGGCGAUCGCCUGUGAGAAUGAGUCCAUGAAUGCCAAGCGUAUGCGUAUCGGCCUGGAGCCCAUCACACAUGCCAUACCAGCGCCUGGUUCAGCCGUCGCCGCAGCUGCAGCAGCAGCGGCAGCAGCUGCCGCGGCCGCCGUGGCUGCCACCAGCUCCGCCACAUCCGUGGGUGGCGUUGGCAAUUCCACCAUCACUUCGGUUUCGGCUGGCGACGCCAUCUCCACCGUCACAACGUCUACGCUGCCGUUUGUUGGCGGCGGUGGUGGCGGCUUCGCACGUUCCACACCCAACUCCGAUGCCGCCGAACCGCUGUCGUUGACACCAGCCGCUGCCGUGGCUGCUGCUGCCGCCGCAGCUGUAGCUGCUUCAACGGCUGGCGCUGGCGGUGGCAGCGGUGGCAUUAACUCAGCGCGCAGCUCACCGUUGGCAUUGAGUUCGAACACGAGCGUAAGUGGCAGCACUAGCGGACUGGACAUAAAGCCGUUGACGGCUGUACUAUCGAAUGGCAAUACGCCAACCAAUGGUACGGUGGGUGGACUUGCCGGUUUGCCUGCCACAAGUCCACUUUAUCGACCAUCAGAUUUCACUUCACCUUCAGCAGCAUCGCCAUUUGUAGCUGCUGCCGCUGCGGCAGUGGCUGCCGGUCGCACGCCAACCUAUCCCGGCUACUUUCCGGGUGUAGCAGGGCUUGGCAAUGUUGCUCCUACUGAUCUCUCCAUGAAACCGUCGUCCACCAGCACAUGUGUUACACUCACCACCGCCCCAACCACCGUCAAUACGAACAACAAUAUCGGCGUGAUGGGUGUCGGCGCACCGAAUCUAACAAGUUUGGUCGCCACUGGUGGUCUCUCCAUCAACAAUAACAAUGCGCUGGUCACCGCCACACAGCAGCUACAACAGCUGCAACAACAGCAACAGCAGCAGCAACAACAGCAACAGCAGCAACAGCAACAGCAGCAGCAACAGCAAGCAAUCAUGGCGACCGGUAUGAAUGCCAAUCAAAUGGUUGGUGGCUCAAUGAACGAUCCCAAUGUGGCUGCGGCUGCUGCCGUACGUCCACCGCCAUUGUUGGCGCAUAAACUGAGUCCCAACGAAAUUACGGCAGCGCGUCAGGUGAUCUCGGCGUAUCGGGAGAGCGCAGCAUUUCUGCUACGCACCGCCGAUCAGGUCGAACAGCUGCUCGUGCAACAACAGUAAUUGACCAAAUUAGCGCAGAGUUGCAUUUUAUUGUGUGGUGAAUAUGUGUGUGUGUGGUUAAUUUUGAGAAUUGAGAGUUUUCAUUUGAUUUUAAUAUUUUUAAAACAUUCAUAAUUUGGGUUUAAGUAGUCGAAGUAGCUUUUAAUUUUUGCUUAGCAAAACGACUUCAUUUGCAUGAAUUUUUGUAGGCAGCAUUUUCUAUAGCAGACAUAAACUCACCAUAGACCUCUCUUAAAUGAGCGGGUUGUUCCUAUUUUAACAGUAAACAAACAACACUUAUAAUAGCAGUAACCAAAAGCACAAAACAGAAAUAGUCAAGUCAACAAAAAACCAAUGAAAAAAAAAUUUAAAAAAAUAGCCAAAGCCAAAUGUUUAAAUGCAAAACUAUGUAAUAAAUAGAUGUUCUACUUGCAUUAAUUUUUUUGAACUAGUAUAGCAGCCAAUAAUACAUAACACCAGAUUUGUGCGACUAGACGCAAAUUUUAUGUGGAUCCUUGAAUACCCCGGCUUCAUUUAGAGCAAUUCGAAUUGAACUUUUGCGAGACUUCACUUUGAACUCUGCAAAAAAAGUUAUAAACUUUUGAGGGUAUAUCUCCCUUAAUUUAGAGCGUAUUGAAUUGAACUUCUUUGACGUUUUACGUUGAACUCAGCAAACUAAAUAGUAGACGCUCAAAUUUUUGUGGUACGUGGAACUUUAAUAUAAGAAAUUGUGAAAGUGGGAAUAUUCUGACUUCUACCUACUGUCGCCACACUAUGCGCGGCCUUACAAUACAGUAUUCAGAUUUUGUAAAGUAUAUUUUAUAUUUCUUUGCAGAAUUUUCUUCUCUUAACAUUUUUUUAUAGCUUUCAAAAGCCUUCUACAGCAGUUUACACAAAAAUAAAUACAAAUAUAAAACUUCGUAACUGUGUUGAGAAUUACAAGCAUGCUCAUACAAAGAGUGAAAUGAAAAACAUAUAGCAAUAAAUUUUGACGUUAUUAAACGCAUUUUUAUGUAUUGAAAAGUAUUUCCUCUAUAUAUUCUUCUUCCAACUUGAUCUUAUAUCGUCUAGAACAACGUUUAGUCACACAAAUCUGACUCAAAACAUAAAUAGAAAAUACGUAUUUACAUUUAAUGUGUAAAUCUCACCCUUGAGACUCAAUACAAAAUCAUAGUAAUAAAAAAAACAAUAGCAAAGAGGGGAACGCAAACGAAAAUAGUCAAAUACAAAAAUCGAGCCACGGCUCGCUAGUGUAAAAUGUCACUUAAAUGAGCAUGAGAUUAUUGAAUUUCCUCUCAAUGUAAAUUUUGUAUGCCAAACAAUGCUUACUUUGUAUUUUUUAUGCAAUUUUUAAACCUUUUAAGCAUUACUUUUCGAAAGUGGUUCAAUAAUGGCUUCAUAACUUGAAACAUUAUGUUUAAGUUAGCAUUAUUUAUAAGCUCUUUGAGAGCGGCAGGCGAAUUAGUAACGAGUUGUGAAAAGGAUUUAUUUAGAGACGAUUUUCUAAAAGAAUUUUUAUUAAUUUUUCAUAAAUUUUCAUUGCAU